AUGAGCUCUAUGACGGAGGCCUCGGCCCCUCAUAAGGAGCUGCAGGCUCGGGUGCAGCGCUGCGUCACCUCCUGGCAAGAACACCUCGCCCGCCAGUCUGCGACCCUGCAAGCUGCGGUGAAUCAGCAUUCCAUCACCACCGCCGCGCGCGUGGUGUCGGGCUCGGCCCCGCAGCCCGCCUUCGACCUCGCCCUCGCCCCCGAGGAGAUCAAGGCCCGCCUGGCCAAUGUGCCGGUCUUCACCGUGGUCAAUGGGAAGGAGGAGUUCGUGUUGGUCACUGGAGAGCAGGCGGAAAAGCGCCAGCUGGGCCUCUUCUUCUUCAACGAGGCCGAUGCACAGGCCCUCGUGGCCACCAUGAAGGCGUCGGACGCGGCGCAGGGCCGCGCGGCGCGCGUGCUGCCCACCAGCCUCGCCUCGGUGUACGACUUUGCGCUGACGCCGCGCGCCUCCACCGGCUUGGAGGGCGUGACCUUCCGCUUCGUGCCCGAGCCUGGCGAGGUGGCGGCGGCGCUGCAGCUGUACAACGCCGCCGGCGUGUCGGCCGGCGGCUUCAUGGGCGUGCCCCUGUUCCAGGCUGAGGGCCUGACGGUGAUGUCCGAGGGCAAGCGCUGCACCCCCCUCUUCUUCAGCAAGGCCGACCUGGAUGUGGCCCUAGGCACGGCCGCGGGCCAGAAGCACGAGGAGAUGCUGGGCCUGACCCGGCAGCGUGCGGAGGAGGCCAGGAAGGAUGUGCAGCGCAUCCGGGACGAGGUUGCAAGUGCGGGGGAGGACAAGGCCGCAAAGGCCGCAGCAGAGCGCCAGCUGAAGCCGGCGCUAGAGGCGCAGGCACGGUACCAGGCGCGCACGGCUCAGCUUGAGGACAAGAAGGUCAAGGUGCCGCGGGUAGACCUGGGCAGCCUGGAGGAGGUGCUGGGCAGGAUGGAGGCGGACGCCCGGGGCGAGUGGGCGGACGUGCUCUUCAUCCCCUCUGGAACCAUGAUGGUGACGGGGAAGAAGAAGGGCCGGUGA